CCAGCUUGGCUUCAGCCUCGGCGGGUGGCUCUGAUCCUCUGAACGCUCACCCCACGACGAAGGACUGGCAGUUUUGCGAUGCCUCUCCUCUAGGCUGGCGGUUCAAGGGGUGCCACCGGAUCAGAAGCAUGUGGCUGCCCGCUGGAGGUAGCGGAUCACGCGUGGGGAAUGGCAUCGGUCUGCUUGCUUCCAAGCGCCGUAACGCUCCUCCGGCCACCGAGGUCCCUUUACCCUCUGGACGGCCCUUGGGGCGCUGAGCACCACCGAGGCUCAGGCGACGGUCUUCCCAGCGGGCUGCUUUGAAGAAACUCCCACAGACUCUCUCACUGCCUGGAGACCUGCUGUCUCCUUUUAAUGGGCUCCAUUCACAAAUUGUCUUCAUCUUGCUGAUCACCUUUCUGGAGUAUUUCUAAAACCAGUCAAUGAAUGAAAUUGGAAGCCGUGGUUGCAACUUCACAGGUUGAAUUAAGUCCUGGGCAAAAGGAAACAAACAAACAAAACACACACGAUCAGAGCCUCAGAAAUCAACCUCAUUAAAUUAUGGGCUUGGAGUUGUCACAAUGGAGCAGCUGUCUAUGAUGUAUCACAGGUUGAAGAAAUGUGAGCAGUGAUUUUUCAAAGGUCUCUGAACACCCAACGGGGAGGACAGGCAGUUGCAGAGAGGAACCUACACAUCGACCCUUGAGCAUCAGAAUCCAAGCCAAGGAGAAAAGAUGGUUAUGAGAUGAGCACUGGAGUCUCAGGUUUACAAAGCUUUGCAUAAGAGAAAGGGAGAGACACUUUGAGAGUUGCUUCUCCUCUUUGAAGGCUUGCCACUGUCAACUACAUGGAAAUGGCACGGUUUAAAGCCCCGGCAAAGUUCGCAAGGAAAAUAUUUGGACUAAAAGUUUUGGAAAGUGUUCCCUCUUUGAAGUAGCUUGCCAUGCAUUACCAAUGUGAACUCUGUUGACCUGCAAGCUUCUUCCCCACCCCCCUUCCUGAAUCCAAUAGGAACUAUUGACACUUUUGAAACUCUUGAAUCAACAACCAUUUCUUGGCAGCUCCAGCUUUACAGCAAAUGCAGGCAGCACAGGGAAUCUGUGGAGGAGACCUUCCUUCUUUGUAAAUGAAACCUGCCCAAACAUUCCCCAAAUAGCAUCUUUCACCUGCCGCCCCCCUUUUUCUAAGGUCAUGGAUCCUGAACAAAGCCAGAAGAGCACAAAGAAGGGCGAGGAAGGUCCAAGGAAGAGGCUGGUCAAAGGGGAGGCAUUCCAAGCCAGUAUUUCGUCGUCCUAUCCAGGCAGCUCUGCUCCUUUGCAAGGUUCUCCCCACCAGGAAGUGGCAUCCCAGCAGCAUUUUUCAAGGGAAGAGGGUCAGGAGAAGGCAGGACAAACCCAAUCCAAGCAUUCCUCUUUUGAACACCCACCCCAUGCUGGCCAGCUUCAGCGGCACUCUAUAUCACCAGCAUUCAUGCCUCCCAGGAAACAGGAACAUGUCCUCGAAGGGCCCACAUGGCAGCUAGUUGAUCCAGGGCGAGCAGGUUCCUCUGGUUCAUUUCCACCCACUGGGCUUCAUUCCGGUCAUAGUCAGCUCUUACCUUCCCGCACCUCCAUUGUCGCAGAAGAGGACAUGCCCUCCGUUCCCAAGGUCUACGCCCCUCGCACUUCGCAGGUUUCCUUAAAGCCGUCUGAAGAAGGCCACAAGAAGGAGAAGAAGCCCCAGAAACCGGGCAAAUACAUUUGCCAGUACUGUAGCCGACCUUGCGCAAAGCCGAGCGUGCUCCAGAAACACAUCCGGUCACACACGGGGGAGCGGCCGUAUCCAUGCAUUCCGUGCGGCUUUUCCUUCAAAACCAAGAGCAAUUUGUAUAAACACAGGAAGUCUCAUGCUCACAGGAUCAAAGCUGGGCUGGCUUCGGGAAGCGGGACAGAACUGUAUCCUUCCAGCCUGGAAAUGGAGAAGAUGGUCGGGGAGGAAUUUGAAGAGCCAACUGAAGGAGAGAGCACAGAUUCAGAGGAGGAGACACGGACCUCAUCGAGCCAUUUAGUAGAACUGUUGCCCAGGCAGAAGCAAGCCAUGCUGUAUGGGGCAGGAAGCCAAGGGUCGAGUCAAGAGAGCUGCUCCUUCUCCCAUUCCAGCAUGUCUCAGUCCCUCGAGGAGAGCAGUCCAUUUGUGGAGCCAGCUUCAGAGCAUGCCCAGAGUCAUAAAGCUGAAGAAACCCAUACCAUCAAACAGAAGCUUGCUCUUCGGCUAAGUGAGAGAAAGAAGGUGAUUGAGGAGCAGGCUUUCCUUAGCCCUGGCAGCAAAGGGAGCACCGAAUCGGGCUAUUUCUCACGGUCGGAAAGCGCAGAGCAGCAAAUCAGCCCCCCAAACACCAAUGCAAAAUCGUACGCCGAGAUCAUUUUGGGUAAAUGUGGGAGGAUUGGCCAACGGACCACCAUGUUGGCUGCAGCAACCACCCAGGAAUUUCCGCAGGUGUCAGCUGAAGAGAAGCUCAGCACAGUCCCUUUGUCCGUGCCCAGAACGCAGGUGAUAGAACAUAUCACCAAGCUGAUUACCAUUAAUGAAGCUGUCGUUGAUACCAGUGAAAUAGAUAGCGUUAAGCCUAGGAGAAGUUCUUUGUCUAGACGGAGCAGCAUUGAAUCUCCAAAGUCUGGUAUGUACCGAGAACCCUUCCCGCUAGAACUCAAAUCUGGCUCCAGCGGCCAAUUUGAAUCGUCAAAGUCAUUCUCAUCUCACCUUGAAAAAACAAAGCCUGAACAAUCGUUGCUUUCGCUCCAGCAAUCCCACAGUGCCACAGAGACAGUGCCUCUCCUAAGAAGCCACUCUAUGCCUUCAGCUGCAUGCACUAUGAGUUCCUCUCAUACCUUCAGAGGCAGUUAUUCUUUUGAUGACCACAUCUCGGAGUCGGAGGUCGUAAGCCGUGGUCAGGUGUCUUCCCACCCACGGAUGCUAAAGCGGCAACCGGCCAUUGAGUUGCCUUUUGGGGUGGAGUACAGUUCAGAGGAGGUGAGCACAGUGAGCAAAGAGACAAUUUCCAAACCUCCUGAGGAACAGGAAACCAAGGAGAGUGAGCUUACCAAAAAGUCCAGGAAAGGCCCAAAAGUGAAGGGGUUUAUGUAUGAGUGCAAUGUUUGUGGUGCUCGGUACAAGAAGAGGGAUAACUAUGAAGCCCACAAAAAAUACUAUUGUUCUGAACUCCAGAUCUCCAAGCCUCGUUCUUCCAGUUCUCAUACCUCGUCAGAGGCUGAGAGAGGUUCUGUGGAGUCUGAUCCUUGGCCUCAGAUGAUGCAUUAUAAGCUGGGGUCUAGUUUAGAGCUAACUCCACUGAGGAAAAGGCGUAAAGAAAAGAGUCUUGGUGAUGAUGAGGACCCCCCAGCUUUUGAGUUGACUGAAACUUCCUCAUCCAGCACUGGGCCAGCCAGUCAGUUUACUAGUUUGAAACCCACUGAUGUGGCCUUGAACUUGACUUCCGAGUCCAUCAAGUCACCAGCAGAACCCAGUAGAUCAAUGCCACUUUCUGACGUUAGCGUUAGCUUCCACCCACGGACUGCAAAAUCAUCUUUUGGUACUGAAAGCAAGGAGAGGAGAACCACCUCGAAGGAGAUCUCUGUAAUCCAGCAUACUAGUUCCUUUGAGAAGUCCGACUCCAUAGAACAGCUGAGUGGCUUAGAAGGAGAAGAAAAGCUCUUAUCACCAUUUUCAUCUCAACCAGCAGCCCAGCAUGGACGGCCAUCCCAUUCCCUGCAGCCCAAGCUUGUGCGUCAACCCAACAUCCAAGUCCCUGAGAUUCUGGUAACUGAAGAGCCUGACAGGCCAGAAAUGGAGCCUGAACCUCCCCCAAAAGAACCAGAGAAGACAGAGGAGUUCCAGUGGCCACAGAGAAGUCACUCUCUCUCCCAAGUACCUGCAGAGAAAUUGCCACCCAAAAAGAAGAGGCUACGGCUUGCAGAAAUGGCUCAGUCUUCUGGAGAGUCUAGUUUUGAGUCUGUCAGGAGUCCAAGUCAAGAAAGCAGUCUUUCCCAUGCCUCCAGCCGCUCAACUUCCUUUGAGCGAGAGGAAGCUGCUUCUCAGUCAUCAGAAUCCCAUCCAAAAACCCUGGGCAUCGGCCCACACAUGCUCACUGUACCGAGCCACCAUCACCACCAACCUCACCCUUCCCGAGAAAUGCGAAGAUCUGCCUCCGAGCAGACACCCAACAUCUCACACUCCUCUCCGAUGUCGGAGACCCGCAGCAAAUCAUUUGACUAUGGGAGUUUGUCAUCCUCCUCUGCUUCCACCUCUCGUCCGCCACCGACUUCGGCUCUGCAAGAGCGGAGGAAAUGCUUUCUGGUUAGACAGGCAUCUCUGACCCGGCACCCAGAGCAUGACCCUGACCCUGCCCCCCAAGGAGGGACUGAAACCGAGGAACUGCAGAUGUCGAGCAAAUCUGCCACUGCAAGCUUGCCCCACCAGCAGCCUCCGCCAUCCUCGUCCUCUUCAUCUAUGUCGUCUUCUUCUCAUGGCAGCUAUCCAGCUGACAAAGGUCAACCGAAAGACUGCCCGGAGCCCAAGUACGCCCAUCCCUACACCGAAGCUCUGGAGGUGUUCUACCACCCUGCCCCACAGUUAACCCUUCAUGAAAAGCAGUAUAUGGCCCCACAGAUCUCCCUCUUGCCGUUCCAGCACCUUUUGCCACAGCCAGGACAGUCUGUUGAGCUCUUCUCCACCCAGGCCAUGACAGACAUUUUCUCUGCCCAAUAUGCCAUUCCACAGAUCCCUCAUUCUAUGUUUUCGAGCCCAGCACUUCCUCUACAAGAAGCAUUGCUCCACUCUGGGCAGCUUCACCUUGCCCCUCCGCUGAUGUCACACCCAGUUGAUGUGCCGCUCAGGCAAAGCCCGUCCCUGGUCCCCGUCCACUACCCAAGCUCCCCACCACUCCCGUCUGCCUUUUUUCUGCCCGUCCAGUCCCAGCUUGCUCUCCAGUUGCCUAGUGAUAUUGGUGCCCAUUUGCCCCAACUCAAGUCCAGUCUCUCACCACUGACAGGAAGUCCCAGCUACUCUCCAUCUGCAGACUACAGCUCCGAGAGCAGAUUGCACAUUUUGACGCGCCCAGCCAGCUCCUCAGCCGCCGUCUCCAUCUCUCAGAUGGUCAUGCCCGCACGUUCAGACCCCGUCGUGUCCCUCGUCGUCCCUGUUCGCAUCCAGACUCACAUGCCAUCCUACGGCAGCGCAAUGUACACCACCCUUUCUCAAAUCCUGGUCACUCAGUCCCACUGCAGCGCUUCCUCUAUCAUCCUGCCAAAAUUUGAUGAUUACCAAACGAAGGGUACUUUGGUCUGCACCGCAAACGUCCACGGGAUCGGUCUGGAUUUGGCGCAAAUGAUCACAGAGGAACAGAAGACUUUGUUCCAAACUCCGUAUCUGAGACUGCCAUUGUCAUUGUCCAAAAGAAAAUUGGACAUUCCCCUCAGCUCCACUUCGGAAAGCAUCUUGGGCCUAGAAGGAAGCCCAUCGACCAUCGGGGGAAGCAAGCGGAUGCUGUCUCCUGCUGGGAGCUUGGAGCUCACCAUGGAAACUCAGCAACAGAAAAGGGUGAAGGAGGAAGAGUUCUCGGAAACGGAGGAGAAGUUGGAAGUGGUGGCCACCUCCAGAGCAACAGAGGAGGAGAAGAAGCACAAUCAAAGGGUCGGUUCUGCCAAGGCAGAAACGCCUCCCGUCAUAUCCUCCGAGCAGCCAGAGCCCCAGGAAGCCCAGAAUGCUUUGCGACCAACCUUGGCACGCUCCAAGGCCCCAGGUUUUGAGGUGCAAGAGGAAUACAAGCAGCUGGCCAGCAAGCAGUUUAGAAGGAAGGAUUCUCCGCAGGCGGUGAAGAAGGAAGAUUCCCAAGAUCCAGUGGAGCUCCCAGCAGCGAAUUCUCCAAGCGCAGCGCUGCCUUCUGAGGCUACUCAAAGCUUGAAGAAGCCUCAAGAUGGUACAGAUAGUAAGAAGGUACUUCAGUUCCCCAGUCUCCAUACAACUACGAAUGUCAGUUGGUGCUAUUUGAAUUACACAAAGCCAAAUCACAUCCAGCAAGUUGACCGAAGGUCCUCAGUGUAUGCUGGCUGGUGCAUUAGUUUGUAUAACCCCAACCUCCCUGGUGUGUCCACUAAAGCAGCCCUCUCGCUCUUGCGCUCCAAGCAAAAGGUGAGCAAAGAAACCUACACCAUGGCUACUGCUCCACGUCCAGAGACAGGGAGGCUGGUGCCCUCGAGUUCCCGGAAUCCCAAAAUGUCAGAGGUUCAUCUGCCUUCACUCCUUCCCAAUGAAGGUCGAAGAGACGUAACCAAACCCGAAAAGGAAGAGGAUAAAAGAGGGAAACCGGAAGAUGACAUUCCCGUAUCCAAGCGAGGGGAACCAGCCAGAAUCAAGAUCUUUGAAGGAGGGUACAAAUCAAACGAAGAGUAUGUGUAUGUGCGAGGCCGUGGACGAGGGAAGUAUGUAUGUGAGGAGUGUGGAAUUCGCUGCAAGAAGCCCAGCAUGCUGAAGAAACACAUUCGCACGCACACAGACGUCAGGCCAUAUGUCUGCAAGUACUGUAACUUUGCUUUUAAAACCAAAGGGAAUCUGACUAAGCAUAUGAAGUCAAAAGCCCACAGCAAAAAAUGUCAAGAGAUGGGUGUAUUGGUGUCCUCACUGGCGGAGCUAGAAGCAGAAGAAGGAACCAGUGAAGAUCCCUUCCAAGAUUCAGAAGGGCAGGAAGGGUCUGAGCCACUUGAAGAGCACCAGUUUUCAGACCUAGAGGAUUCUGAAGAUGAUGAUGACAAUGAUGAUGAGGAGGAGGAGGAAGAGGAGGAGGAAGAGGAUGAGGAGGAGGAGGAGGAAAGCCAAGCGGAGCCACCUGUUCAGCUUUCAGAAGCAAAGGAUGCCUCCCUUCCAGGACAUUCUCCAAGUUCUCCCUCUGCCCCGGAGGAUACCAGGACAGCCUUGUCUGUACUGGAAGAGGUUGUCUCUGGCAGCAGGCGGGCUGGCCCUGGCCACCGGGCCGCUGCCUCGGGGCUCGAAAUGAAAUGGUCAGCAGACAGCACCGAAGUUGCCGUCUGCCACAGCUUCUUACGACUCCACCGGCCAGUUUUGACCCCCAGUGAGCACUUGGCUGCUGCUGAGAAGGACUUGCUGAGCAGGCCGCAGCAGGCGCUCUCAGCCAUGGACUUGUCGGUCUCCAAAGACCCCUCCCCUCGAAGGAAAUGGUCCCCACGCAAGGACCCCAACGGUGGCAGCAACCGGUCUAUCUUGGCCAGGAAGCACUUGUUAACCAAAAAGGAAACUUCGCCGAAAAGGUUUUCACCGACGGGAGAAAAGCCUUCGCUGAGGAGCCUCUCCCCAGGGACGGGCAGGUCCCCUGGUCACCGGAUGUCCCCAAGGAGGGAGGCGUUUCCUCUCCGCAGCCUGUCGCCCCGACUUGAGCUUUCGCCCAGCAGGUACAUUUCUCCAAAAAGAGAGCUGUCCCGAACACACCUUCCGCCAGAGAGGGGGGUCUCUCCUGUGAGACGCCCAUCUCCCAGCCGGGAGAUGUCAUCCUUGAGGUACUUGUCCUUUAAGAAGAUGCUGCCCCACAGCUAUUCAGAGCCACCUUCGCGGUACCCCUCCCCAGGAAGGGAGGACUUGCCUACUCGUAGCCAGUCGGCAGCAGAGGAGAGAGUUCAAAGCUUGUGUAAAACUCCACAUGGGAUAUCGUCUUCAAUGCCUCUACCUCAUAGGUCCCUUGGCAAAAACACAGAGCUCUAUGAAGAAUCCAAACCGUCAUUGCAGAAGACAGAAUCCAGGAGUCAAACAAGUUCUCCCAGCGUCACUCCACAUCUCUACGCAAGACCUUUGCAGUCUUCCCAUGAAAUACACGUACAUGCGCCAAGCCGAGUGGAAGACUACAUCUUCAGUCAUCUCCCGUUGCAUUCCCAGCAGUUACCCAGAAGCCCCUGCCCGAUGAUUCCCAUUGGGGGCAUCCAGAUGGUCCAGGCAAGGCCCAACAGCCAUCCCAGCUUGGGGCGUGGCUCAGUGAUGUCACUGCAAGCCAGCUAUUUUGCACCCGGGGGCCACAUCUCUGAAUCCAGCCAAGCUAAAGAACGGGGCAAGGAGGCCCAAGACCUGCGAGCCUCUCCAUCAUCAGCAGCAACCCCACCACUUCAAAGCAGCAGCUACUUGGACGGGAAAAUAAGGACUAGUGAGCGUCAGCAGAAGGCCACCGAGGAGGAGGAACACAGGGUAAAAAUUCGCGCCGAACGCGGCAGCUCAGAGCAGGAAAGCUGCUCAGCUGCUGGAGACAGUCCCUGCCCCAAGGAUGAGUGCUCUCCGAAGCCUUCGGCCAGGGGGGAAGAACCUUCUGGGAAGGAGGGGAAGACACAGCGCAGCCGCUCAAGCACUUCCUUUGACCCCAACUGCACUUUCGUCUCGGAUUUCCCCGUGCAGACGCUGGACAGGAGCAGCAGCACUGGCUGCUUGACGGAGCCUGUCGCAAGCCAGUCCCCUUCCUGCCCGCUGACCGUCAGGAGAAGGAACCUCUCAGGAGAGCCAGCUCCCCAAGCAGGGGCACGCCGGAGCAGCAGCCCACCCCUGGAGCAAGCCGGCUUCAGCCUCACACACCGGCAAGCCGGCGACAAAGCAGGAAGUACUUAAGCCCCCUCUUGCUCCGCCUUCUUUGGUUCAUGUAACAGGCUUCCCAUUGUAAAUCAACAGAUCUUUUGUCAAUGCUCUUGGUUUCAGAAUAAUCAUUGCAAACGGAAGGAUUCAAGCGUACGACCAAACCCACAGACCAUUGCUGGUUUUUUUCUUUGCUUGCUUUCAGUCUGGUAUUAUUUCCAUAUGUACCUGUGCCUUUUUCUAUACCUUUUUCUUUUGUUGCUUGAAAUAUUCAAACAGACAAAAAAAAAAUGAGGUUCUGAUUUUAUUUUUAUUUUAAAGAGCAUUUUUGGAAAGGGUUUAUUAGAUCGUGCCCUCCUCCUUGACCAUUUAGAUGUCUAGCUCUAAUGGGCAUGAUGAAUGCAGAAAGGAAAGGGUUAAGAAGCAUUUUGACAGGAUGCACUGAACACCUUUAGGAAAUAAACACCUCUUAAAAGAGAUUGAUUGAAUUGUUAGGGAAAAGUGACAGUAUCCCCGCUCCCGUGUAUAGACGGUUACAACCCCUAUUUAUUAUAUGUUUUAUUUAAAUAUGUGGCAAAGUGCUUGUUGUUAUUUUAUAAUUUUUGCUUUUAUUAUUUGCAUUACUCUGGUUGCCUAUAAAUGUGCUUUAAGGACAGCUGUGACUGCUUUAAUUUGAAAAAAAAAGUGUUUACCCUUGAAUUGUAAAUGAAACUAGCACUUAUUUUGUAUGGGGAGGCCCCCAAAGGUGGUGAAAGAAAAAUCUCUCCAAAAAAAAGAAAAAAGAAUUUUAAAUGUGCCUCCCUUACAUACAACCCUCAAAAGCACUUUUUUAAAAAGGGACACACACACAAUUUCCCCCCCCAAUGUAAUUGUAAGAAAAUAGGAAUGUAUUGAAUGUAAAAAAAAAGUUGUGGUGAAGGGUUUUGCUUCGCAACAGCCAUUCUUGCUUUAAUCCUGACAUUCCGCGACUGGCGGUUGCUUUAGUACAUGCGCACAAUCCUUACGGGGUGCCUUUCACCGGCCACUGGGUCUUGUUUCCCUUGGAACCUACCCUUUGAACAUUUGCUCUAUCCAGUUUGGGAAAUAAAACCUUAGCUUUGGAGAAGCCAUUUUUUUCUCUCCCCCCGCCCCACUCCAUUCCCCCAUGCUUCUUAUAUAAAAAAUUCUCAUCUGAUCUAACUCUUGGAACUCAAAGAGAAAAAAAAUUGGAACAACAGAGGUUGCUUCUCCAGAAGUGAAACCCAUCAAGGAAUCAUCUGUGUAGUCCCACAUAUCCAGUCUCCGUCAGUAGCCAUGCCACCUGCUUGCAUCCGGAGGAAAGUUGAUACAGCAAAAGUCCACUUCAUUGGCUUGGCUUUGGGCCAAUUGGUGUUCACUUCCUUCCCUUCCAGAACUUCCUCCUCCAGCCACCAUUUCAACUGGCUGUGUCGGAGGAGGAGGAACUCAUCCCACAAAGCUCAUCCCAUUGGCUCAGCUGCCAUUUGUCCCCUCCUCUCCCAGAAUAAGUGAUGCUGCAUUAUCCGACUACAAAUAUUUAUAUACCGCUCUUCAACCAAAGUUCUCAAAGCGGUUUUCACAGAAAAAUAAAUAAUACAUAAAUAAGCAACAACAACAAAUAUUUAUAUACCGCUUUCCCAAAAAAGUUUCCAAAGCGGUUUACAUAGAGAAAUAAUAAAUAAAAUAAGAUGGAUGGAUAAGAUGGUCCCCUGUCCCCAAAGGGCUCACCAUCUAAAAAGAAACAUAAGGCAGAUACCAGCGACAGACAUGGCAGGGAUGUUGUGCUGGGGAUGAAUAGGGCCGGUUGCUCCCCAGUAUGCUAAAUAUGAGAGAACCACCACUUUAAAAGGUGUCUGCUCAGUUAGCAGGGCUCAGCUGUUAUCCUGACAAUAUUGUCUCAAUAUUAAUGCACAACAUCAGCCCUCCAGCUGUUUUUGGUCUACAGGUCCCAUGCAGACACAGUGGCCAACAGUCAGGGGUGGCGGUCAAAGUUGUGCAGCCCUGGUCUACCCCGACUGGCAGCAUCUCUCCAGGGUUUCAAACAGGGAUUGUUUUCCCCAGCCCUACCUGGAGAUGCCAGGGGUUGAACCUGGAAGCUACCGCAAAACUGCCUUGACUAUUCCCUCCAUUCAUUCUAGCAGUUAUGUAUGAAUUGGUACCUGGAUUUAUUUUCUGUCCCCAUUUAGUUUCCUUUUUGUAUUCUGUGCCCUAGAUAGGAAAGAAGACAGUUUAUAAAUGCAGUCAAUGCAUUCAAACAAACAAACAAGGAUGCAAAUAAAUUAAUUAAUUAAAUAAAUAAAUAAAGUGAAUGCAGUAAAUUUAUAAAUGCAUGACCUGAUAAAGACUUUGUCUUUGUCUGAUAAAGAGGGUGUCUGUAAUUGGCCAGGGGGAUUCAGCUAUGGGCAUCAGACCGCCAGUAUAUGGGACUGCACAGAAACCACGACAAAGAAGAUGAAGGUUUUAAUUUUGUUUCACAUAACCCACCCCACCCCACUGCUCCGCCACCUUUUGAAUGAAUUUUAGUCCAUACCACACCGUGGACUUCUGGGUGUUUAAAAUCAAUAGUUGCACUAGCUAAUGGUUAGCAAAUGGGCUUGUUUUUUACACUGUCGGUACCAUUUUAAAAGGUUAACAUCCGGAAGGGUACAAUAGCCCCAACUUCUUACCAACCUGGAUGCCACGUACAAGAAAUCACACCAGAGCCACCCAGCUCCGCCCUGUUAAUACAAUUUCAACAGUGCAAUUAUGAACGGCAUGUUUGCUCUGAAAGUGAGAAAGCUCACGGCAGAGGCUGGAGGGUCUCUUGCUCUGUACAGAGUUUGUACAAGUUCUAAUCAAAAAUGUUCCACGCAGACUGAACCAGUGGACCAUGCCUGUCUUCUUUCUGAGAUGGUCCAGUUUAUUAUGUACAAAAAAGUGCAAAUAAAAUAAAAUUGUGAAUGAGGUCCGAUUUUAAAAAACAAAACACAACACCGGGCCUGAAAAGCCAAGAAUUGUUACCAUUGCACAGGGGGGGGGGGGAUAAAACCGAAUGGGCGGGGUUUGAGUUGAAUGCCAUGCUGUGAUGUAUCCUUUCAUUCUUGUGUGGUAUGGGUAAUUACGGACAAAAGGGUGUUUGUCGUUGUUGCUUUUGUGGAAAUUACAUAAAGAUUGUGACGGUGACCAAAUGGACGGUGGAAUUUUAGAGUUCACUGGAAAACGCCAUUCAUGAUCUAGAGUGUUCUUUCCUUUUGUUUACUUCCAGCUGCAAUACCUCUUUCAGUGCAAAGGUCCAGAAUAAUCUUGCUAAGAAGUCCACACUGGAGCCUGGGAUCUACCCAAAGACCGCCUUAGUGAAGGUCCAAUACAACCCCACUUUUUCAGCAGGCCAUGGGGAUGGACAUCUAACAUUGGCUUAAAUUCUGGCUCCAAUGAAACCUGUACUGUGCUGAUGUUAACGGCAAAGGAUCCAGAAUGUCACCCAUCCACUUCCACAAAGGAGCAUGCCCUGGAUCAGAGCUUCAGUGGGCAUUGUUAGAAAGCAUCGCAUCUCUACCAUGGCUUUGAAUGCCUGGCCGUUUUUUGAGUAAUUAAUUUCACCUUGAUUGUCUUCCCCACCCCCUUCCUUCACGAAACGGAAUUCCAAGCAGUCCUUUUGAGGCUGAACGGUGUUUGGAAUUGAAAUUGUACAUGAGCCAUUCUUGGGCACUUGCACAUCUAUGAUCCAUUCAUGCUCUUACUGUACCUGUUUGGGGGCUAGAUCAAAUGGACGCGACACUCGGCUUGGGCCUAUGGCUUGUUGGGGUGCAUUUGGGAGUUGCAUUUCUUUUCUGUUCCAGUGGAAUCUGUAAACGACCUUUUCCUCUUGCACCUUUUAAUCCUCUUUAGGACUCUGCAGAAGCCAGUUUUGUCCAUGUUUGCAAUGGAAGCAGGUGGCCAACAGGGGGCAGGCAAGCACUGUACAUAUCAUAGUUUCUUGCACAUUUAUUAUCCCAGGAUGGGCACUGGCAUCUGGGGGAGAAGGAAUGGGGCCAUUGGACCACAAGGCCACUAUGCUGCUUGAAUAGGCACACAGUCAGAGCAACCCAGGACAUCCUCCAGAACAGUGUCUCUGUAGCUUUAGGUGAAAAUGUCUGCUUCCUUCUUCCACUGCAGAGGACUUUAUUCUUUUUCUGGUUGGGGCUGAAUGAGUGCCCAGUUCAUAAAUACUUGUGCCAAAGUUACCUGCUUGCUUUGCAUUUUGCCAUCUCUGCUGUGUCAGAGCUAUGUCUGACAAUGGCACUUAUUUACUUCUUGUAUGAUGGCAUUGCACGUCUUUGGUUUCCACACAGGACGCUCACAUGCACUUUGGAGAAUCUUGCACAGUUGGUGCCUCAUGUGAGUUCUGUGAAAUCUUGGGGGGCGGUGUCAAUUGGGCAUGCAAACCAGUUCGAUGUCAAACCAAUUCAGUUUGAAGGUUUGGGGUCGAGCUGAACCACUCCUGGUUUGGCUUGAACCCCCCCCCCCCCAAGCCGUUUGGGGUGUGUGUGUGAGCCUUUUUACAUUUAAAUUUUUUUUAGUACUUAUCCCCUCCAGGGGGCUUCUCUGAGGCUGGGGGCGGAGGUCCGUGAAGGUUCCCUCUCCCCCAGCCAGCCUCCGUUUUGGCACAAACCAUCUGGUUCUGGCAUUCUUCGGCCCAUUCCGGGCUUUCCCCCCUCACGGUGGCCAUUUGGAGGCCACCGCACAUGCACAGUGGGCCUCUGUGUGACGUGGGUCAUGACCCCCGGAGGGGGUAAGUACUAAAAAAAAUUUUUUUUUUUAAAGUAGAAAUGCUCGCAGGCCCCGCAAACCGAACCGGGGCGGGGGGGGGGGGGAGUUUGAUCUGGCAUACCCACUGGAGACCAGUUGAUGCCUAAGUCAGUUUCAGCCUCACAUGUGAAAAUGUGGGGAAAGUGCUGGAGAUUAUUUGGAAGGCAAGCAAAUACAAGAUGGCAGCAGUAUUGUUCUACCCAUCCACUCCAACCAACUAGCCUCUUGGGGCAUUUCUUGAUAGUCUACCAAGUGCCCUGGCUGGCCAGGCAGAACUGGAUCUCCUUAUGACAAGCUACUAACCACAUGCUACUAAGGGCUCAAACUGCAAGGUGCUGAGCACUCUAGGCAGACCUAGCAAAGCCUUAAGGAUGUCCUUCACCUGAAGCACUUAAGUUGGCCCACGAAAGGUAAAGUCCUGGGUCAACCACCGAGGCUGAUGUUCCUCUUUAGCGAUCGCUGCGUGGUCCCCAUGGUGUGGUGCUAUAACAAAAGCGAAGUGAAGUGACAAACUGGCUCCCCUUUGGUGUCCUCUGAUGAAAGAGCUGGCAGCUCUGGUUAUAAUUAAUGUUGCUAGUUGAAAUUAGAUUUAUUUUGCAGAGAUCACAUUUUAAUCAUUCAUGAAUCAAGGGAUGAUGUUUUUAAAGUGUCCUAAAGCUGCAACCCUAUGCUUGCUUACUAGGGAAUAAAGUGCCAGUGGACACAGUGAAACUGACUCCAGAGUAAACAUGCCUAGGAGCAGGUUGUGUGUUGUGUAGCUCAGUGAUGGAACACAUGCCUUGCAUGCAGAAGGUCCCGGGAUCAAUCCUUGAUAUCUCUGGGGAAGACCUCCUGUCUGAAAUUGAAUAUUCUAAUCUGCAGUCUCCUGAAGUCAAAGCACUUAUAUGUGAGCCAAAGUAAACCCCUGGCUAUGCCCAAAAGUGCUGCAGUGCUCUGAUGCAUAGGGACCAGUGCCCCCUCUAAUGCACUGGUGCAGCGGAGAUGUGGUAACUUCUACCAACCUCUCCUUCCCCUGGAAGCCUUCUGUGCCAUCUAAAAAUAUAUCCCCGAGGACUGCACAGCCCUCAGGGACAUAUUUUUUGUGUGCCAUAGGCGGUUUCCUGGGGGAGGGCAUCAGAAAUUAUGAUUGUACUGGUGCGGUUAGUUGAGAAGUUCUGUUAGGCUGCUCUUUUGUUGCACUGGUGAAUCCUUCUUCUGUAUGUCAGCCUUGGUGUUCAUAUUGGCUUAAAAAAAUAAUAAUUUCCACGUUUUAAAAACAUAGGAACAGAACACAGCUAGCUCAGCUUUUGACAUUAAACCACCAAGAUACAUUUGAAAAAUACAUAAAAUAUCAAAUCAGAGUCAUGCCAGAUUGAUUAUUAGCUGUCAAUAAGUGUAAACCGAGCAAUAUUUAAUGGCUGCGAUAGACUAUGUUGAAAACUACAUAAGAACAGCCCUGCUGGAUAAGGACCACCUAGACCAGCAGCCUGUUCCCCACAGUAGCCCACCAGAUGCCUCUAAGAAGCCCACAACCAAGAGAUGAAGGCAUACCCCUUCGCUGGCUGUGGCUCCCCUGCAACUAGUAUUUAGAGGCAUCCUGCCUCUGAAAUUGAAGUAGCCUAUAGCCGGUAAAAACUGCAGAGAGGGAUAUAAAGAAAUUUACUCUGCCGUUACUGCAGAGAGGGAUAUAAAUAUGAGGAUAUAAACACACUAAAUUAAAUAAUGUAUAUACAUCAGUGUCCUUAAUAGAGAGGAUGUGUCUUAAUUCUCCACGGUAGGCAGCCAUGGUUCUCCAGCUGUUGCUAAACUACAAGGCCCAUCAUCCUGGGCUGCAAUGUUGCAGCUGGGGAUGAUGGGAGGAGUUGUUCAGCAACAGGUGCCAAGCCAGGGCUUCCUGCCCCUGCUAGCAUAGCACAUUUUUCGCAGAUGUUAAUUCUCUUCAAUUAACAAAAAUAUUCAAUAAACAUAACAGGAUCUAAACCUAAUCUUACAGAUGCAAUUGUUGCUAUACUUUCUCUGAUAUUAUCCCAAUAGGUCUUUGUCAAGUUAUAUGUCCACCAAUAUGAACAUAUUUCAUAUUUUGACACCUUCAGAGUUUUUAAUCAGCUGUGAUAUUGUGGCUGAAAUUUAAAGCUCUGUGUGUGUCUGUGUGUGUGUGUGUGUGUGUGUGUGUGUGUGUGUGUCGGUAACAAAUGCACCAUGGUUGAGGGCCACGUGACGUGUCUUGAAUUUGAUCUAGCCCUUACAUAGUGUAUUCUUCUUCUUCUUUCAGCUUGAUUUUACUGUGUGUGUUCCUUAGAAUUUCCUUUUUUGUCCAGUUAUUGCACAGUAUUUGUGAAUUUUAAAAAGGUAUAAACUAUUUUUUAAAAGAAAUACCAAAUUUGGGUCCUAAUGGUGACAUAAAACAAGUUUUCAUUAUGGAAAUAUGAUGGCACUUAUGCUCACUUUAGUAAAUGUAAUGUAAAAUAAAUAAUAAUAAUAAUAAUAAUAACAACAACAACAACAAUGUGUACGCAAAUUUAAUAUACAUGGUCUCAUGUAAGAUAAAUAUUUGCCUUUUUUUCUAAAAGGUGUAUGUAUUCUGUAAGUGGAAUAGUCCUUAGAAAGUUUCUAUAUGUUCUUACAAUGGCAAUACAUUCCAAAAAGGUACUGUAAAUAAUGUACAGCGUACAGUGUAAUUUGGUAGUUUUGCCUGUAAUUUUAUUUUAAAUUCAGUUUCUACAUUUGCAUCUUGCAAUGUCUGUAUGGUUAUAAGAGUGCAAAAAAGAAAUUGCAGGUAAAAAGCACAGAAUAUAAUGUUAAAAAAAAAACCUGGGGAAAAGAGAAAAAAAAAUUCCGCAUUUGAUGUUUGUGACCCUUAUUGUAAAUGACAUCUGUACUGUGAAUGAAAAAGUUUUUACACGUAUAUUGCCUUUACUACAGUCCAGACUGUCUACUCAGUCUGAGCCUAUUUUUAAAAAAAUAGCACGUUGGAAUAAAUUUUAAAGUCCCAACA